CAAGGUGGCCUUGAACUUGCAGUGAGGCUCAGGUUGGCCUUGAAGGUGAGAUCCUUCUGCCUCAGCCUCCUGAAUCAACUUUGAGUUGCUGAGUGGAGGAGGCACCAUUGCCACCCGUGUUUAUAAAACUUGACGUCUCAAUAACUAAGAUUCUCAGAAAACAUCUAUGUCAGAGACAGUGGGCAGUACAUAGAUGGAGCCAGAGAGUGACACCAGACGCUUCUUCAAGAGCUUACAUGCUUUCGGUGAGAGAAAGCAGGCUGCUACCGUGAACAUGACCAGGAACGUGGCAGGUCUUCUGGCUUUGAGCCAACAGGAAGAACUAAUGGAUUUGCCAAACCACUCCCCAUUGGGUACAAGUGAAGAUGAGAGGGACAGUGAUGGAGAAAGAAAAUGUCAGAAGCUUCUGGAAGCAGUCAGUUCCCUUGGUGGAAAGAGUAGAUGGAAAUUAGCAGAGAGAUCUGAGGCUACUCUAAGGGUGUCAGAGUUCAAUGUUACUUGUGACGGGUCAGGUGAAAAGCUGGUUCUUUCAGAUUUGCUUGAGUCUGCUACAGCAUUAUCUUCAGUGGCUGCUGUGAAGAAACAACUGCUUAGAGUCAAGCCAAAGACUCUGGCGAUCCCCCUUGACAAAAAAGAGGCCGAUCAGAUCCUCAGGGAAGCAGCAUUCAGCAAAACUUCACAAGUGCUCUCCAAAUGGGAUCCUGUUGUUCUGAAGAACCGGCAAGCAGAACAGCUGGUUUUUCCCAUGAAGAAGGAGCUGCCAGCUGUUGCUCCCAUUGAGCAUGCGUUCACUGGCUGGAAAACAAGAACCCCCCUGGAGCAAGAAGUUUUUAACCUUCUCCAUAAGAACAAGCAGCCAGUAACAGAUCCUUUAUUGACUCCUAUGGAAAAAGCCUCCCUCAAAGCCAUGAGCCUGGAAGAAGCCAAGAUUCACCGAGCAGAGCUUCAGAAGACGCGAGCUCUGCAGUCCUACUAUGAGGCCAGAGCUCGAAGAGAGAAGAAAAUCAAAAGUAAAAAGUAUCACAAGUUUAUGAAGAAAGGAAAGGCCAAGAAAGCCUUCAAAGAGUUUGAGCAGCUGUGGAAGGAUGACCCAAGUGCUGCAUUGCAAGAACUGGGAAAAAUGGAAAAGGCCAGAGUGCUGGAGCGGAUGAGCCUUAAGCACCAGGGCAGUGGGAAAUGGGCAAAGUCAAAGGCAAUUAUGGCCAGAUACGACCUGGAGACUCGCAAAGCUAUGCAGGAACAAUUGGCUAAGAAGAGAGAACUGACACAGAAACUCCAAGUAGUUUCAGAGAGUGAGGAGGAGGAGGAAUUCACAGACGAGGGAAUAAUCUCUGCCUCUGAUGGGUUGAAUGACCUACAGAUGAAUGCAGCUGGUUUAAAUCCUUGGAUGCUCAGGAGUUGCAACAGCAGUGCAGAAAGGGGUGAGCUCAAGACCGAUCCUGAACAGCUACCCAAACAGGUGGCCAGUGGGUCUUCUGUAGAUGAGGAAGAUGAAAGACCAGUGGCAGAAGAACUUCUGUUGAAAGAAAGAUCCUUCCAAGAAAGAGUUGAACCCAACAGUGCUAAGCCAAUGGGCGGCCAAGAAGCAGAAGUCUCUUCAGAUUGCCAGGAGGAAGUAUCUGAAUCGAGGGUAUUGCUUCAGAAACUCCACAAGGAAAAUGAUCAAUCUGAGCAGCAAAAAGUGAGUUCAGUGGGAACUGUUCUCCAGAUCCAGAGAGAGGAGCUUGCUCAGGAGGAGAGCCUGGUGCCUCAGGGGCUAGAGAGAACACAUGUUCUGGAAGAACAAGGAGAGUUGGGCAAAGAGGGACAUUGUCAGAAAAAGAGGCGUCCCAGACCUAUGUUAAAAGGAGAGUGGAAGGAGAGGAACCCACACAGUGUACUUGAUGUCUCUAGAAGGGAGAAGAAGGAUCAGAUGAUUGAUCUACAGAAACUCCUAACUACUAGAUCUCCUGUGAAAUCCUUGGCAGUACCCACAGUAGUGGAGUUGGAAGACGAAGUGGAGACAGACCACAAGCAGAUAAUAAAGGAAGCUUUUGCUGGGGAUGAUGUCAUCGGAGAGUUCUUAAAAGAGAAAAGGGAAGCUGUAGAGGCAAAUAAGCCAAAGGACUUGGAUCUGACAUUGCCUGGAUGGGGUGAGUGGGUUGGUAUGGGCCUGAAGCCUAGUGCCAAGAAGAGACGCCGUUUUCUUAUUAAAGCUCCUGAAAGUUCUUCAAGAAAAGACAAGAACUUGCCAAAUGUGAUUCUCAAUGAGAAGCGCAACAUCCUUGCAGCAGCUCAUCAGGUGCACGCUAUUCCACACCCGUUCACCCACCACCAGCAAUUUGAAAGGACUAUCCAGAACCCUAUUGGGUACACAUGGAACACCCAGAGGGCCUUCCAAAAGCUGACAGUUCCCAAAGUUGGCACCAAACUAGGCCAUAUCAUUAAGCCCCUAAAAGCAGAAAAUGUGGGCUACCAUUCUUCUUCAAGGUCCGACCUCUCUGUCCUACAGAGCAAUCGGAAGCGUCUCUCCAAAAAACAGCAAAAACAACUGAAGGCAAGCUCUGCCGAUUGAACUGCUAGGGGACUAGCAUUUUGGUUUCUGGGACAAGGAUCCUUGAGUGUUUCUUUUGGUUGCUUCAUAGUGCUUGCUUCAGGGGCAUUUACUUAAUUGGCAGAACACUGUGUAGUUCAGCCACAUUGUAGAAAUAAGACAUUUUUAUCUAGUAAAGAGUUUCCAUUCCAUUUUGAGAUACGUGAUAAAGUCAGAAAUGGGAAAAAUGACUACCAUAAGCUAGAGUACCUAUGUAGGUCCUGUCCUAGGAUUAAAGAGGGAUCAGUGAGUGUACAGAAGUUCAGGCUGGGAUAGGGCGGAAGAAUCAUGGGCAGCAAAGACUGCUCAAUUAGUUUAGAUAUUAAAUUAAUAGCUCCUGAUGUGGUGGCACCUAUAUGUAAUCCAGCAUUCUGAGAGGCCUAGGCAAAAGGAUCAUUUACUUGAGACUAGAGAGUGAGAACUUGGCUUAAAAAAACAAACAAUCCCAAAAGUAUUCUAGGAAGAGUUAAUAGGCAAAGUGAACACGUUUAGAGAUUGGCGAACACAGAAUAGAUGGAAGUGACUAGAAUAUAUUUAAGAAUAAAGUGUGACAGAGAAUUGGGAGUAUUGAGAAGUCAGUUUUGGAGGGCCUUUAAAUGCUUUGCAUAGACAUUUGAAAUUAUGUUUUAUUUCUUCUCUUAGGCAGUGUAGAGGAAAUAAGACUUGUAUAGGGGUUAGGUGUGCUGACAUCUAUGUUAAAGGAGUGUGGGUGCCAAGCUGGCAGUGUGCUUGCUGGAUGUAUUGAUGGGGUGAGAGUUAAAGACCUCAGCUUGUAGAAGUCAGAGUGAACAUGGGCAGGAGGGAUGGAUGAUAAGAAGUGAAACAGUCACUUGGCAGGAGAUCUGAAGAAUAAAGGAGAAUGAGGAUUUUACUGCGUGCUUUUAAGUUUUGAGCAGUGUUUUAGACUCCGGUUGUACUAAAACUCUGGAUUUAAAUUUGUAGUUAUUCUUCUGUUUUAACCCCCCCACUCCCAACCUAUCUACUUAUAAUAAGGUCUCUCCGUGUACCCUGGCUAUCCUGGAACUUGCUAUAUAGACCAGGCUGGCCUGGAGCUCGCAUAGAUCCACCUGCCUCUGCUUUUUAAAUGCUGAGAUCAUCAGGAACCACAUUUCAAGUUAGUGUUUGGGUUUUCCAGGUUCUGUUUCUUGUUUAAAAAGGUCAUAUACUACUAGCUCAAUGAUUUGUGAUUUUUAGUAUAUAAAAUUAUUCCUGUCUGAAUGUGUAGAAAUCAUAUACAUAUUUCUUUCUUUAUUAUAACAAUAUAUGUUCUAUAUGAAAAAUAAAAAAGUGUAAAAACAUAAAGAUGAAAAAUUAAAAAUCAGUACUAAUUCUUGAUCCCCAAUAUGGCCACUGCUGAUACUUUGGUGUUAUUGUUUGUUAACAAGUGAAACUAUAUUGUGUAUCUUUAAUAUUCAGCCUACUUUUCCAUGUCAUUAUGUCACAAGCAAUUACCGUGUUAAUAGAUGUUUGAAAUAUUUAUAGUGGCUAUAUAAUAAUCUACUGAAUGUAUGUGUCACAAUGUGUUUGACAUUCACAGUUACUGUGUAUUUGCUUAUUUCUUUUUGAAUGCCUGUUACAAAUGACUAAUGGAAAACUUGGAAAAAAAUUUUUUUUUAUUAAAGAUUCCUAGAAGU